AUGGCAAGCAGAAGUACCAGUUACAAACUUGUGCUACUCGGUGAAUCUGCCGUCGGCAAAUCCAGCAUAGCCCUUCGUUUCGUCAAAUCUCAGUUCCAAGAAUAUCAAGAGGCAACCAUUGGUGCUGCCUAUCUUACUCAGUCUAUUGUCGUUGGCGACCCCCAAGUGACAGUCAAAUUUGAAAUUUGGGAUACUGCGGGUCAAGAACGUUACCACAGUCUUGCCCCCAUGUACUAUCGUGGAUCCCAUGCUGCCAUUGUAGUGUAUGAUAUUACUAAACGAGAAACUUUUGAUCGGGCCACCAAAUGGAUAAAUGAACUCCGCGAAAAUGCACCUGCCAUCAGGGUUAUCGCUCUGGCUGGAAACAAAUCGGACUGUAGUGCGGACCGCGCCGUUUCCGAACAUGACGCUGAAAAAUAUGCACAAGAGAAUGGCUUAUUAUUCAAGGAAACUUCUGCGAAAUUGGCAACCAACGUUAUGGAACUUUUCAAAAUGAUUGCUGAAAAUAUGCCAUUGAAUGAGUCAAUCCAGCAAAGUGGAGGAACACGUUUGGGUAACACCCCUGAACAGAUGGGAACAUCAGGACAUAAGUGCUGCACUUAG